CUCUUAGGGCAUGGAGUCCAAGACCACCGAGGCAAACAAAACUCGGGCGGUCAGGCUGUAGAUACAAGUGAAUGGUGUUUUCAAGUGUCCCGCAGUGGGGCGGUUUCCGCGUGCGGGACGUGGUAUUUUCACCUGGCAACUGGUCCGGCAACGAGCCCACAGCACGUCCAAAGUUACCUGGCUAGGGAAUGGUGCUUAUAG